CUCGAAACGCGUGUUGUUUUGGUCAUGGCGGCGGUUAGUCUGACAAGUGAGGAACAUGAGGUCACAAGGAUCGAGCGCAUUGGUGCUCAUUCCCACAUCAGGGGAUUGGGCCUCACGGAUGAGCUUACUCCUAAACCCUCGGCUCAAGGCAUGGUCGGGCAGAUUAAGGCAAGACGAGCUGCUGGUGUGGUGCACAACAUGGUAAAGGAAGGCAAGCUGGCAGGUCAGGCAGUUCUCAUUGCUGGCCAGCCUGGCACAGGCAAGACAGCUAUAGCUAAUGGUCUGGCCCAGUCUUUGGGCCCAGACACUCCUUUCACGGCUGUCUCUGCUUCGGAGAUUUACAGCUUGGGAAUGUCAAAGACUGAGGUGUUAACACAAGCUUUCCGACGUUCCAUUGGUGUGCGUAUCAAGGAAGAAACAGAAAUCAUUGAAGGAGAGGUUGUGGAGGUGCAGAUUGACCGUCCUGCCACUGGUACAGGAGCCAAAGUUGGGAAGCUCACCCUCAAGACCACAGAAAUGGAAACCAUUUAUGAUCUUGGGAAUAAGCUUAUAGAAGCUCUCACAAAGGAGAAGGUUCAAGCUGGAGAUGUAAUCACCAUUGAUAAGGCUACUGGCAAGAUCACAAAGCUGGGAAGGUCUUUCACACGUGCCCGUGACUAUGAUGCUACAGGCCCCCAAACUAGGUUUGUACAGUGUCCAGAAGGUGAGCUACAGAAAAGGAAAGAAGUUGUCCACACAGUCACAUUGCAUGAAAUUGAUGUCAUCAACAACCGUACACAAGGCUUCAUGGCUCUCUUCUCAGGUGAUACAGGUGAAAUAAAAGGUGAGGUUAGGCAACAGAUCAAUGCAAAGGUUGCUGAAUGGCGUGAAGAAGGCAAGGCUGAGCUGGUUCCAGGUGUUCUCUUCAUCGAUGAGGUACACAUGCUGGACAUUGAGUGCUUCUCCUUUAUCAACCGGGCCCUGGAAGAUGACAUGGCCCCUGUGGUGAUUGUGGCUACAAACCGCGGAAUCACACGCAUCAGAGGCACACGCAACCUCUCUCCUCAUGGCAUCCCCAUUGACAUGCUGGACAGAAUGAUCAUUAUCAAGACGACCCCAUAUCAGGAAAAGGAGAUCAAGGAGAUUCUGAAGAUUAGGUGUGAAGAGGAGGAUUGUGAAAUUCAAGAUGAUGCCCUGGUAGUUUUAACCAAAAUAGGUCUUGAAACCUCUCUUCGUUAUGCCAUCCAGCUCAUUACUCUGGCAAACUUGGCAGCGAUGAAGAGAAAAGAAAAGCAGAUUGCAAUUGUGGAUGUGAAGAAGGUAUACCAACUUUUUAUCGAUGAACAAAGAUCGCAGAAAUUCCUUAAAGAAUAUGAAGAUGAAUUUAUGUUUGAUGAAGGUACUGAAUCUGCGAUGGAAACCAACUAAGCGCAGAAGAUUAUGCCUCACGAGAGUAGAAUUGAAAAUAAGAAAGGAGUUCCUUUUAUAGGUCAUCUCAAAAAAACAAAACAUAAUAUAGCCAGUGUAAAUCUCCCACAGAAGUAUUCCAUUAUGUUAAGCUAAUCAUAAAUAUAUAUGUAAAAACCA